AUGAGGCCACUCGGACCUGGAUCCGGCUACGACAACAAUCGAUGUGGCUAUUGCCACAGUAGAUCAGGAAGCUUUUCAUAUUACGCAAAAACAACUUCAUUGACACCCGACUUCUAUCAAUCUCUGCUCAACCGCGGAUGGAGACGGUCCGGCAGUCUUCUCUACAAGCCUGACCUGCGAGCAUCAUGCUGUCCUCAGUACACCCUCCGGCUUGACUCAAAUUCCUUCCAUGCAUCUAAAGAUCAGCGGCAGACUUUGAACCGGUUUACAAAGUUUCUCCUUGGAGAUGCCUACAUCAAGGAUGCCGCAAAGCUUUACCCUCGGUCACGCGAGCAUGCCAAGAAGCGGGACACUGAAUUUGACUUGGUAGAACGAGUUCAUGAAGGCGAAAAAGAGUAUCUGAAGUCUCCACCAGAGCCUGCCCAUGCUCUUGUGGUCACAUUGGAGCCUGACACAUACACGGAUGAGAAGUACCAGCUCUUCGAGAAUUACCAACGACUUGUUCACCAUGAACCUCCAUCCCGAAUAAGCAAGAGUGGCUUCAAGAGUUUUAUCUGCUCCUCGCCACUGCCUCGAAGCAAGGUCAUGAUCAAUAAUCAUGAACGAAGUUUAGGCUCAUACCACCAAUGCUACCGCAUCGACGGCAAGCUGAUUGCCAUUGGGGUCCUCGACCUUCUUCCUCAAUGCGUCAGCGCGGUAUACUUCAUGUACCAUGAAUCGGUCCACCAGCACGGCUUCGGUAAACUAGGCGGACUAAGAGAAAUCGCCAUGGCGAAAGAGGAGGGAUACAAGUGGUGGUACGCAGGCUUCUACAUCCACAACUGCGUCAAGAUGAAAUACAAAGGCGACUACACCCCUCAGCAUAUCCUAGAUCCCGAAUCCUACAACUGGAACAUCCUCGAUGCGGACGUCAAGAAGAAGCUAGACAAAACUAAGUAUCUAAGCCUGUCACACGAGGACGCCUCACUCUUGCCCUCUUCCGAGACAGAACAGGCUACAACCUCGUCUGACUCACCCACUGAUCCCAUGGUCGACGAAGAUGACGAAGACGAAGACCAGUCCGUUCCUCAGCCUGACAUCCCACUCUUCUCUCGUGGGAUGCCCGGAGUCAUGACUAAAGAGCAGAUACUGGCGGAAGUGGAUCUUGAUCACAUCAAGCUGCGCGUUAGGGGAACAGAUGCAGAGGCUUGUGAUCUGGUCGGGUGGGAGGAGAGUGAGUUAGAGAGCACGUACUCUAUCAAGGGCAGUAUAGCUGAAUUGGCGGCGGCGGUUGGGCCUGAAUGUGCGAGGGAGAUGGUUGUUUCUCUUAACUGA